CUUCUGCCCAUCACCACCUACAACCAUCGUGUUGCUUUUGCUCAAUUGAUGCAUGACCAAGCAGAGGCGAUAGAUCGAAAAGAUCUACGGAACUGACCUGAUAGCUUGCAGGACCUAAAUUCGGCGCGAUCUCUGCUUCAACGUGCUCCCGCCCAUGGAUCCUGAGAAUGACGAAUUUGGCCUUGAUUCCGACGACGACGCAGAGCUCCUCGCUCUCGCAGACGACAUCGACGAUGCAGACCUCAUUGCACUCGCGGAUGCCAUCGGCCCUCACGGCACAAAGAGGAAGUCUGCCGAAGACAAUGGCCCUCCACCCAAAAGACCCACGCUCGAUUUCCCAUGCGCAGAGGCGGCACUCACACAAACAUUUGGUUUCAAAGACUUCCAAUUGAAACAGAAGCAAGUCAUAUCGAGGAUACUAGGAGGUGAUGGCGCCACAGUUGUCUUUCCAACUGGCGGAGGAAAGAGUCUCUGCUACCAAAUUCCAGCCUUGGUUUUUUCCGACGUCGAUGAAGGGUCUCGUGGUCAAGGCGAGAGUGGAAUUACUCUGGUCGUCUCGCCACUCAUAGCUUUGAUGAAGGACCAAGUUGAUGCUCUUGUGAGGCGAGGAGUCAAAGCCGCUACAUUUGAUUCAUCGAAAUCUCGAGAAGAAUACCUGCAUACAUGCGAGAUGUUACGAAAUGGAGAACUCAAAAUCCUCUACUGUGCGCCUGAAAGGCUGAAUAACGAGGGAUUUGUUGAGCAAAUGAAGUAUGUUCGAGGAGGAAUCAGACUUCUUGCUGUUGACGAGGCACAUUGCAUCUCUGAGUGGGGCCAUUCUUUCCGUCCAGAUUAUCUCAAAAUUGCUCGAUUUGCCCGAGAAAUCAAUGCCGAACGCGUAAUCUGCCUCACAGCGACGGCCACUCCACGAGUUGCUCGGGAUAUCUGCAAAGCAUUCGACAUCGACGAGACCGAGGGCCUGUUUCGCACAUCCACAUACCGACCGAAUCUCCAACUACUCGCUGAAUCCGGGAAGACCAAGCAAGAGUUGUACCCUUCUCUUUUCAACUUCUUGAAGAACAACAAAGGAGCGACCAUCGUCUAUGUCACAUUACAGAAGCAAACUGAAGAGCUUGCUGCGGAACUGCGCAGAAAGGGAUUCAAGGCGAGAUCAUUUCAUGCCGGAAUGGAAACUGGAACCAAGACCCAGUUGCAGGACGAGUUCAUGAGAGAGGAAGAAUUGGUGAUUGUAGCGACCAUUGCAUUCGGGAUGGGUAUCGACAAGUCAUCCAUACGAAAUGUUGUCCACUUCAACAUUCCAAGUAGCUUGGAAUCUUAUAGUCAGGAAAUUGGCAGGGCAGGAAGAGAUGGCAAGCUAAGCAAAUGCGUCUUUUACGUUUGCGGGGAAGAUCUUCACCUGCGAGAGAUGUUCGCACGAGGCGAUCUUCCUUCUCGUGAAUCGCUCCGUAGUCUUUUGCAAGAUAUCUUCCACUCUACCAAUGUCUCCCUCCCCGUAGGAGGCGAAAUCAGAACUAAUCACUACGAUCAAGCAAGAGAUUUCGAUAUCCGAUUAACGACCCUGAAAAACACAUAUGCCCAGCUCGAGCUCACGCACAACCUCAUUCGAGCAACCACACCAGUAUAUACAAAGUAUACCUACAAGGUCAGCUCUCGUUAUGACUCGGUACUUGAGGCAGACAAGUCUCCAGCAGCCGCGGCAAUCAAGAAGUAUGGUAAAAAGGCAAAGACCUGGUACAACAUUGACGUGGAUUCACUAAUGAUUUCCAAACUGCCUCGGACGGACAUCAUUCGAAAACUCAAUGACUUGGAUGAGGGCGGGGUUAUCGAGCUGAAAACUGGAGGUGUGCAGAAUGUCUACAAGAUCACUCAGCCUUUACCCCGAACGGGCCCUGCAAUCGAGAAGUAUGUGGACCAAAUUUAUGAAUUGAUGGAAAAACGGGAACAGGAAGCAUUAAACCGAACCAACCAAAUGCUUCAGCUCAUCACUGACAAGGCGUGCUUUUCCCGAGCCCUUGCGCAACAUUUUGGGGACAAUCUGCCACAUGGCAAGACAGAAUGUGGCCGCUGUACAUGGUGCAUGACAAAGACUGCUAUCGUCCAGCAGGUUCCACCGCCGGUCAAAUUCAACUUUCCUGCAUUCAAGGCUGUACUUGAACACAUUCCUGAUCGAGACGACGCGAGGUUCCUGGCUCGGAUCGCCUUUGGUAUAGCAAGUCCGAGGGGGACUAAGAUGAAGCUUUCCAAUCAUCCAAUCUUUGGCUCAAUGGCAGAUCAUAGCUUUAUGGGUCUUCUUCGCGCUUUCACUCGGGAAUGUACCAAAAAUCCCGAAUGAGCCGGGAUUUCACGCCCGCUUGUGACCUUGACAAUCAAACCGUUGUGCACACCCCCGCUGCUCGUCAUUCCACUCCAUCCCCUGCUAGCACCCGGAAUGGGACCAGCUUUUUGGUAACAUGACUGAUCUGCUCGGAUGAGGGGCGCAUCUAGAGUAUGAGAGAUUGUAGCCGUUGAGUAAUGUCUGUUACUACAAUACCCAUUUUAGUCGAUCAUGUCUAUUCUAUUCAUCUUGUAUGUGUUCAC